AUGACUAUAGUUGUCGAGAAUCAGUCGUGAACGAUUCGACAAACGGGCAGCUCAUCUGCAGCGUCGCAAUUACUCACAGUUCGAUAACAAUGAAGUAAUAUUUGAGCGUCAAUAUAUUUUUAUGUAAGAUGAAAUUAAACCCACCGCUGGCAUCACUUUAGGAUUGGCGGAGAAACGUGCAGGGAAGAUACCAGCUCGACAACCUGUUAGCACGAAGCAACCGGAUUAGAUUGCGUAUGCAAACACUCUUUGCUUUCUUUGGAGAAUUACAUAAUUCUGGUAAUCAAGCAUGUCCUCGUUUGUUAGAGCUGCAUUUUUGGUCAUCCUCUUCAAAAUCGGUGUUUCAGAUCAAUACACUAAUACAACGUUUCCGGCCGGAGCUCAAUACCAAUCACGCCAGGGCUUCAGAAACUGUCCCACGCAUUCCACCGAUCCAUCAUUAUCAUUUAACAGAAUUAACGUCACUGUCUUAGAGAACCGCUUAAAGGACUCUGUAGUUGUGAGACUAAACAUUACAUCUCAAAAAACAACCUGCGUCGUCCGACCAUCUCAGUUACAGGCGUAUUUUGAUUUACAAUAUUCAACAGUUGGCAACCGACCAGUCCUGCUCCUGGUGAUCAAAAAGACAAUACCUUACCACAUUAGUUCCGAUGGUGUGAUUGAUUUCAUUGUAAGGACCCGUGUGGGGCGCAGUUCUGCUGACAUUAAAAAGAUCAACUUAAUUCAUAUUUCAAUCGAAAGUCUGCAGAUGGAACUAGUCAGUGUACCGUCCCACCAGAAAAUUGUCUAUCGAAAAGCACUUAAUUAUAGCCGGAUUUUUCAACCUAGAGUUACUGACGUCAUCUAUGCAUCUUCUUCUAAGCUUGUAUACAGACUUGAGACUGUAGAUUCCAAGGAACUGGAAGGGUUUUUAAAUAUCACACCUUCAUCUGCAAUCGUCUACGUUCAAAAUACCUUUCGUAUAUCUAAGUUACGCAAUACAAAAACAAGGAUUUCAAUUCGUAUAUUCGUGGAGGACACUCUGUUGGGUAAGCAGUGGAAGUUCGAAGACACCGUAAAGUUAAAAGGAGAAGUCAGAAAAGAACACUGUGGUUCACAAUCAUGUUCAAAUUCAGAACACAAUACACGUGACUUGUGCACAGGCCGCUGUGGACUGGGCGCCAAAGAAUCAGGAUGUAUUUGGACUGUAGCAGACAACUUUAUAACGUGUUCCAGUGAUCCGAAGACGUGUCCAGAUGACACCUGUGAUGAACUGGAGAGGAUGGAUUUUAAUAUAUGUCCCCAAGACUGUGUUGGUGAGUAUUUUUGUUUUGGAAAAAAAAAAUUUACUUCGCAAAGUCGAACUGAAAGGUUCAUGAGAUUGUUAUUAAUUAUUUUUGUGUUUCUGAUUCCUAUUGUUUUUUUUUACCCUUGUAAAUGUUGA